GAUUCUUUGUGACUGUUUUCACGGAUGAUCAUGCUUUUUCAGUUCUUUCUUUUUCACUUUGGACAACAUAAACUUUGAUUACUUUACCUGACUGGUUAUUUCUCCCGUUAGAAGUUUGUUUUGGCUGGAUCGGGAACGUAAAUAACUUCUUUAUCCUUCCGAAAUGCUGAUCAAAUGUGGCGAAUAAUAUUGGCAUUUUUUGUGCCGAAACGAUGGCGAACUACUUCAUACCUCUUACUCCUUCUUCUCGGUACAGUAUUUAUUUUUGUGUGGAUAGCAAAACUACGCAGCAGAUACAAUAUAAUAGACUUUGGAUUCCGCUACGAAGAAACUGAUGUUUGGCUUACCAUUGAUGAAAUUGGCCUCAAUGAAUGUCCUGUUUGCUUUGGGCACAAUAAAUCUAUUUGCCGGGGGAUUUUAGAGAGAAAUGUUAAAUUGCAACACAAGAACGUUACUGUAACAAGUGAACAUUGGAAGCCCAGAGCUCACAGCUUGUGGAAUGAUGAACGAAUUUCCAUUAAGCACUUUGGAAAUGCUAGCGAGUUUUACAAAAUUGAUAAUGAACUCUGCAGCCUAAUUGGAAAGAUAAAUUCUCCAUGCAGAGUUCGAGAAGUAGCAUGGAAUUCAUUUCUUAAUCCUUCAUCUGUAGAAAGGUUGGUAACGAUAAGAUAACAUAAGAUACUUUAUUUAAAGUGGAGUUUAGGCCUGUUUCAAACAUCGUGCUACUGCCUUGCUAAGCUGGCUCGACUGUAGCUCGACUGCAGCAUGGCACUAUGACACUAGCACGACUUGGUUUCAGAUAUCGAGUUUAAUUCAGUCGGAAUAGGACGGCUGUUGACGAAAACAAAGCACAAAAAUAAAGAAAUGGUUUAGCAGACUUCUAAAUGUAUUCUAAUGUAUUUACGAUUUAUGAAUUGAGUUUGGCACGGCAGUAGCAUGACGUUUGAAACCAAGUCGAGCUACUCUGUGUAGCAAGGCGAGGCUUGCUACAUGGCAGUGGCACGACUUGGUUUCAAACGUCACGCUAAUGUCGUGCUAAAGUCGCAUUUAAUUCGCUCAAUUGAGUUCAGCAUGGCAACGUUUGAAACGGGCCUUAGCUUAGUUUAAUCAGCUAGUUUACAGGUAGUCCAUGGCCCUUUAAGUAUAUUCUGAAAAUUAAAAACUGACACCGGGAUGCCGUGUACAAAUAUAUCUGGCAUCAGUUGAUAAAAUCUGCAAUAACUGAAGCAGUUGAAUCUCUUCACAAACAAUAUUAUUCUUCAAUGAAACCCUUUUACUGACUCAGUUACUGCCAGUCCUCUGUUUAACAUGCAUAGUGGUAGUAGGGUUUGAUUAAAAUGGAGAAGAGAGAAGGGACCCUUGGAAAUCCUGCUUUCAAGAUGGCAGACAAAUUAAUGAGGUCCUCUUAGGAGGUUAUGUAUGCAGUGCUGGAUCCAGAACCUGACAUAAGCGGUGGGGGGGGGGGAGGCCCAGUAUCCCAAAAAGUUUUUUUGGUUUGGUCUAAAAAUAGGCGGGGGGGCACAGCCAUCCCGGCCCCUCCACCACUGGUAUGUAUGUCCCUAAUCUGAAUUACAAAUAUGGUCAUUUUACAUUUUGAGGAGUAGGCCACACCCCUGUCAGUAUUCAACCCUACUUUACACACAACUGUAUGUCGUUUUUGGCCAUUUCAUCUAGUCUUUUGUUGCUGUUGCUUGUCAUAAUUUUACCCUAAUGGAUGGCUCAAAAUUACAAAGUUGGAAAGGACUUUUCAACUUUUAGAACAAUGUUUUGACCAAUUUUUCUCAGUGGUCUCUCUCCCUUGCUUUCCUUGUUUCCAUCCCAACUUGUGCAAGACCUGUGAGGAGUUCAAUGAGAGACAUCUGUGGAGAGUCAGGGUGUUGAUUUGGCAUGGGAGAUUGGAGAAUUCUCCGUUUACUAUGCAGGAUUCUUUGGCUAACGUUCGGUAGCCUUUGACUAGUUUUCACUCAGAUGUGGACCUUGUUUCAAAAUAUUCUCCUGUAACGUUACACCUUUCUCCUUCUACUAGAAUUCUUAAUGAAAACCCUGGGUGAGUCAACCAUUUGAAACCUCAAGUUUUUUUACCUUUUUGUUUUCAGUGCAAUACAAGACACAAUGGAGUGUCCAUCACUAAGACUGAUGACAAAACUAAAGCAGAUAUACAGCACAGAAGGAGUUCAGCAAGUUAACCACAACAACAUGCUUUACCUAACUUCUACUUUAUACUUGAAUCAGGAACCAGUCAUCUUUCAGGUGGGAACUGAAUGCUUUUGGGCAACAGCAAUAGUAAUUUACAUGUAAUUGCUGUCCUUUUUUCAUGAGGUUCAGAAAUAUUUUGAUUGAAGUGCUGAGGGUAUGUAAUCCACCUUAUUGUCAAAAAUCAUGUUUCCUCUCUCUUCAGGGUAAAUGAGACGGGUUAGUGGAUCCAAACAUCUUGCCUUCAGUGCCUUGCAGUCCCAGCUUCCACCCAUUUUUUUCUUGGCUUCCUCCCUUUUGCAUAAUUUCCCGUAGGUGGCUAUAGUUUGCAAGGCCAUCUCCUAGCCGUUUGUCACUAAUACAUCACCGAAAAGCAUUGACCAAGAAUUUUAAAAGACUUGGAAAGAUGCUGCAAGAGACUAGCUACUGAUAAUGCUACAAAUGGCAAAUGAAUUUUUCUUUCCCUAUUGUCGCCAUGGUUGCUUAUUUUUCUGUUGUUGUUUAUAACUUUUUCUCUUAUAACCUCUUUAGCUGUUUCCUGCCGAGAAUGGUUGGCCUUUCCCCAAGUUGUAUGGAUUCUGUGGCCGAGCAGUUGUUGUUGAGGAUGCUGGUCUUCCUCUUGAUUUGUUUCUGUCAGAACCUUGGAUAGAGAGAGCAAAGCUAGCCUUAGAAGUUAUCAAGAUAGCAAAACGAUUGACAAGCAAUCAAGAACACUGGGGACUGUAUUUGAAGGAGGUUUCUAUGGGUAAUUUUGCAGUAUCCACUAACAGGACAGUGAAGCUGGUUGAUGCAGAGCAAGUAUUGGUGGUGGAUCUGACAGAGUCAAAUGUCACAGGUAGUAAUUUUUAGUUAGGAAGGAAAUUGUUGAAAUUAGCUGAAAUCAGCCCUAUGUAACAAAAUGGUUCAUCUGGAGAGAAAAUAUCAUCUUUCUCAAAUAAGCAAUUGAAAUGUAGGUAUUUGUUUAUAAGAGGGUGCUUACUACAUUAUAUUUCACAAACUAACAGUGUUGGACGUAGGCCAUCCCCAUUGACAUGGCCCACGUUUUGUGCAACACGGUGCCAGGGUUUUAUGAAACUAUUCAAGCCGUCCCUCCAUCUCAUUCUUGGUCUUCCUCGGUUCCUUGUGUGUCCAUGGGGCGUCCAGAAGGUUAACGCGGGUUGUCCAGUGGUUGCCUGUUCUUGUCGCCACAUGACCAGUCCAAUUCCAUUUGAGUCUGCUUAUCAUUUCCGUGCUACCUCUUUCUUUGGUUUUUUCUUUGAGAGUCCAAAUGCAAAUGGCUAGGGAUAUCAGAAUCACUUCAUAGACAGCAGAGCAGGGGGGCAGGGGGGUGUGAAGCCCCACAAACAAAAAGUUGGGUUAGCAGACCCCCCCUCAAUGCUUUGGUGCGAAAAAAACACUUUUAUGUGUGAAUUACAAUACCCGUGACGUCAGCGACUUCAUAGCCCUCAUUUUCUGCCCUCAGAGGGGACUCAAUAACUACCUACGAAGCAUAAUGAAGCAGGACCGUCUGAACAACUGCCUACCGAUUAGGCCUUUCCAGAUUCUGCUCGGCAACGUUUUAGCAACUUUUAGGAUUUUGAGCAACUUUUUUCAGAGAGCAACUUCUAACAACUUUUCGGAAAACUAGCACUUUUUUGGUAACUUUUGGGCUAUUUUGAACCAAAAUUAAUGCUGAAUAACCCCUUUUUUUUAAAUAAAUGUUGUGGUUCAAUUUUAUGCUUGGUUUAAGUUUUAUUUUCUUUUGUUUUUGGGUAUGGUAAUGUAUGAUAAUGAGUUUGAAACAAAAGAAAAUAAAAUUUAAACCAAGGAUAAAAUUGAACCACAACAUAAACAAGUUAAAAUUCUCUUGGUUAAAAUUCUAAACAUCUUUCUAGUAAAACUCAUAUUUUUACCGUUUGAAAGGGUAUCAUGUGGACGUGGUAAUUAAUUACAAGAAUUGGGUUUGGCUUUGGGUAGCCUAAAUCUCGUUGCCAGGGCUUUUCCUUUCUUGUGGGGGCGACUGAAAACGCACGAAAACAACAGUUAGCUAUUGUAGAUUUGUAAACCAGAUUGUUACACUUACUGCCCAAUUUUUUGUAACUAGCCACUUAGAUUUAACUAAACGUUGCGUAAUUUGUUGUAUCUAGUUACUUAGUUGUACCUUAAUGUUGAUUACAAAGCAGUUGUUAUUAAAAUUAGACAUGCUGUCUUAAAAAUAUUCGAACAACUUAAUACAAAAUUUUUGAGCGACUUUUUAGCUUUUUCGGAGCAGAAUCGGGAAAAGCCUUCUACUGAUGCAUUAUCACAAAUCGAUUACGGACACACUAGACACUGUGAAGAUUGCAAAGAGGUUUGUUUAUGCCAACGAACAACGCAAAGGGCAUUUUGAAAAUUCUGAAUUAGGGGUAUGCGCAUUGCUGAGUAAAAGAUGAGCCCCCACGUUUCAAAAGGCUCCGCCGCCUCAGCAUUUUUACCUGUUUUUUCUUUUUUGUAGCUGAAAAGAAGAAGACCAAUAAUCAGUGUGCAAACACAGAGGUGAAAUGCUUGUCUUUUUUCCCAAUUGAGCUCUGCCAAGGGACAAUACGAGAUCAAAACUAUUACGCCGUUUGCCGCAGUGUAUUAGCAGAUAUCGGGAGCAGACGAGGCUUGUUACAUUCCCCUCCAGAGGAAAACGAUUUUAAAGUGAUGUUUCACGACGCAUUGACCGAAUGUGUAGAGGCAAAGAAGAUUAGAAGAACGGAAGCUAUUGAACUUGUUAUGGGCUUACUACAGAGCAAAAUAAAUCAAGCAAAUGUGAAAUAGUAAUUAUUUUGUUCUUAGCACACGUAUGUUUUGUUACCUACGGAAAAAGGGUAUGGACAUUUAUUUAACAGUUAUUGUUAUUAAUAUUGAAAAAAAAAAAGAACUAUACGUAUUUAAGAAAACGAUAUUAUAUUUUCAAAGUGGGAUGUAAACUAAAAAUGGUUCCUUUUGUGUUGACAAAUAUCAUCCUCGGAGACCCAGGGCAGAUAGUGGGGGCGAUAGUGGGCGCAAUUCUGCCUUCUGAUUGGUGCCAGAAAACGUUUGUGUUUUUCUGCCCAAUCAGAAGGCAGAACGGCGGCGACCGUUUGGAACUGGUCUUGUAAGACAUUGUCCCCAGGGGCUCUUCACGCCGUUCUUUACUUUUCUUCGUGCCAUAUUUUUCCGCCCGUUUAGACUUUCCCUCGCCCCACUAUCUGCCCCUGGGACUCCGAGGAUGGACAAAUAUAUACCCAGUCUCAAACUCAUUCAUAAUUCUUGGGAAAAAAACAACAGAAAUCCGUACAAAAAAAUCUGGAACAGUGCCCCUUUAAAGUAAUGUAUAAUUAAUGUAGCUG